UUCAUGUCAGUGUUGUUCGUUGCUCAUUUACUUUCCGUUUUUCUGUCGAUAGUUGCGUUUCAGCGUAUUUUUCAAAACUGUAAGAGUGAUAAAAGUGAGAAAUAUUGACCCUGCUGAGUUGAAAGUUUUGAGUUAUUGAAUUGAAGCGUAGUAUUUCAUAAAACUUGUGCUCCGACGAACUUAGUCAUGAACAAUCGCUUAUGAUGUUAUAGUUCUGUUUUGCGAGUUCUGACUGCCGUCGUACCCGAUAAUUUUUUUUAUGAAAAUCAAUAUAGUUGAGAGCAGUUAUGGAUGUUGUUGGAUUGGUCAAACGAUCUUUUUCUGACUAUGGCACAAUUCUGAAGGAUUCCUGGUAUACCAUUAUAGCAGAGGAACUAAGAAACAAUUUUGCCUGGUCACUGAGUUUGCUGCUUCUAUCAAUUGCCAUCGUUUUUGGACUUUAUUGUUGGAGGCGAAUCUAUUUGAAGAAGCUACGCGACAAAGCAGCCCAAUUGCUAUUCCAAAGCCAUGAUUCAUCACAGCUACGCUUUCGGAAACGAGAUAAAAUGAUGUUCUAUGGUCGACGAAUGCUGCGCAAAAUGAAAUCCAUUUCUGGGCAGGCAUACAGUGGUCAAGGUAGAAAGCGUAAGGCUGUGAUGCGCUUUGCAAAGCGUUUGCUUCAAAUUCGUCGUGAUAAUGAUCCAAUACAGCUACAGGUUGUCGAACCACCAGCGGAAUAUUUGGAAGAGGCGGCCGAAGGAAAUGAUAAGGUUCCUCCUGACGCACUAUACAUGCUUCAAAGUAUUCGAAUUUUCGGACACUUUGAGAAACCUGUGUUUCUAAAAAUUUGCAAGCAUACUGAAAUUAUAAAUUUAAUAGCUGGUGAAUCUUUGAUUAAAGUAGGUGACCCUGAUGAUAGUGUAUUCAUUGUGCAAUCAGGUCAGAUAAACGUGUUUCUCAAUAAUCCUGACGGUAGCUCGAUUGCACUUAAAGUAGUUCGUAAAGGAGAAUCGGUCACGUCUUUGCUCAGCUUUAUCGAUGUACUAGUUGGAAACACCAGUCAGUAUAAAACGGUUACAGCAAGAGCAAUAGAAAACUCCCAAGUGAUUCGAUUACCUAUGUUUGCUUUCAAAGAAGUGUUCGAUGAAAGUCCAGAUUUGCUGAUUCGAGUUAUUCAGGUUAUCAUGAUCCGUUUACAGAGGGUUACGAUUACGGCGCUUCACAAUUAUUUAGGCCUGAGUACAGAAUACAUACAGUGCUCAUCCCAACGGAAAAAGGUAGCCGUUCCUAUGAAAAAUAGUCCUGGGCACCGGCGUGUGCCAUCCGAUGUGCAAGUUCCAACUCAUUCGUUAGUCGGUCACGCGGUAAAUAAUGAAACUAAACCGGACAUGCUUGCUGAUUUGGCUGAUCACAUCGCCAGUCGACGAACGUCUGCACUCCCCAGUGAACCAAUGGAGGACACUGUGAUGAAGUCUAUUGCGAUUGAGGGCUUUCUCAAAGAAUUAGGUUUAAAAGAUAUAGAUAAACCCUUCAUCGAAGACAAUAUUGUCUUGAAAGAGAUUGCACCAGGUACAACUCUAACUCAUCAGGGUCGAAGCGAUGAUGUUUUACUUAUUUUUGUAAUAAGUGGAGGUUUGACCAUCGCACAGUAUCCGCAACUGAACAUUGGUUGUAAUAAAAAAUUGGAUAAAUCCGAUAAUCAUACAGUUGCCAUUCAUCCUGGUGAUGUAGUUGGGGGGUUGGCUGUAUUGACAGGCGAAAGCAGUUUGUAUACCAUCAAAGCUAAGCACUAUUCCCGUGUGGGUUUGCUUAGCAAAGAAGUAAUUUAUAACAUAAUGCGUGAGCGUCCUGGAGUAGUUUUGGACAUUGCAGAUAGUGUAGUGAAACGAUUAUCACCAUUAGUGCGGCAAUGUGAUUUUGCAUUGGAUUGGAAUUUCCUCGAAUCGGGAAGAGCAGUCUAUCGUCAGGAUGAAAAUAGUGAUUGUACAUAUAUAGUGUUGAAUGGUCGACUACGUUCAGUUAUUACACACUCAAAUGGGAAGAAAGAAAUAGUGGGAGAAUAUGGCAAGGGUGACUUAAUCGGUAUAGUCGAGAUGAUCACGGAAACUCCCCGUACUACCACUGUAAUGGCAGUUCGUGAUUCCGAACUUGCAAAGUUGCCAGAAGGACUGUUCAAUGCAAUUAAGUUUAAGUAUCCAAUAGUUGUAACACAGUUAAUCAGUUUGCUUAGCCAUCGAAUUCUAGGAUCAAUGCAAUCUCCUCCAAUCAACGGAAAUUCUCUAACCACGGUACCAUUCGAUACGAAUCAACAAAUUCAGCACCGUUAUUCAACGGUGGCUAUCGUAGGAAUCAGUGAGGAUGUUCCUUUGACAGCAUUCACGUAUGAGUUAUAUCAUUCAUUGUGCGCUAUUGGAUCGACCUUGCGACUAACGUCGGAAGUUAUCCGAAAAACAUUAGGGCCUCAGAUAAUGGAACAAUCAAAUGAAUACCGACUAACCAGUUGGUUGGGUCAACAAGAAGAUCGUCAUAACAUUGCACUGUAUCAGUGUGAUUCUACAUUUGGUCCGUGGACGCAACGUUGCUUGCGACAGGCAGACGUUAUAGUCAUUGUCGGUUUGGGCGAUCGUCCCCCAACCAUCGGAAAGUUGGAAAAAGAAAUUGAUAGAUUAGCGAUUCGAACUGCUAAAGAGUUAGUACUUCUGCAUCAUGAGGGAGCUGCUCGACCUAGCAAUACUACCAGUUGGCUCAAUAUGCGCGCCUGGGUAUCGCGACAUCACCAUAUUCAGUGUCCGAAGCGUAUGUUCACCAGGAGAAGUCAAUAUCGAAUUAACGAUUUGUACAGCAAGGUGCUGAUGUCGGAGCCGAAUAUUCACUCAGACUUUUCGAGGUUAGCUCGAUGGUUAACCGGAAAUUCGGUAGGAUUGGUACUGGGAGGUGGUGGAGCACGCGGGGCUGCUCAUGUUGGUAUGCUUAAAGCUAUCCAAGAAGCUGGUAUUCCAGUUGACAUGGUUGGAGGUGUUAGCAUUGGAGCGUUCAUGGGUGCUCUAUGGUGUUCGGAGAAGAACAUCACCACCGUUACGCAGAAAGCUCGUGAAUGGUGUAAGAAAAUGACGCAAUGGGGUCGUCAAUUGAUGGAUCUGACUUAUCCAAUCACGUCCAUGUUCUCUGGAAGAGAUUUUAAUCAAACUAUCCAUGGAACCUUCGGUGAUGUAUGCAUCGAGGAUCUAUGGAUUCCGUACUUCACGCUUACCACCGACAUUUCUGCUAGCUGUGCGCGUACACACACCCAUGGGACACUAUGGCGUUUUGUACGUGCUAGUAUGUCUGUAGCAGGAAUAUUCCCUCCUAUCUGUGAUAAUAGAGAUGGUCAUCUACUGUUAGAUGGUUGUUACACAAAUAACGUACCAGCGGACGUUAUGCGUGCCCAAGGUGCUGCCCAUAUAAUUGCGAUAGACGUAGGAUCGCAGGACGAUACCGAUCUUACGGAUUACGGUGAUGAUCUUUCCGGUUGGUGGUUACUAUACAAACGCUGGAACCCUUUCACAUCGCCCGUCAAAGUGCCGAAUCUUCCCGAUAUUCAAUCUAGACUGGCAUACGUUUCUUGUGUGAGGCAACUUGAGGAGGUUAAAAAAAGUGAUUAUUGCGAAUAUAUUCGCCCACCUAUAGAUAAAUACAAAACAUUAGCGUUUGGAAGCUUUGAUGAAAUAAAAAACGUAGGUUUCGAGCACGGAAAAUCUUUCUUUGAGGACAUGGCGAAAUGCGGUCGAUUAUCUCGCUUCAACCAAUGGAGCGUAAAAGAUGUGCCUCAUAAAGUGAUGCACUCUUUUAAUGAAUACACAUUCAUUGACUUGGCUCAAAUUGUAUGCAAGGUACCGGAGACAUACCCUGAACGUGGUUAUUCAUCCAGUGAAGAUGAUUACUAUGAUGGAUAUGCAUCGGAACCAUCAAACAUUCCGAUGAACAAAAGUGCAUCCUUACGCAUAAUGAGAACAGCCGGUUCGUUAUCACUGUCCGAGAACGAAAUGGAUUCAGAUGAAUUAGAGAUUCCAGUUGCAUUCAAGAAACUGCAAGGAACGCCUACGCCAGAGAGAAAUGCCAGUGUCCCACUCACACCAGAGAAGACUAUUCAUAGUGAUUGAUUAAUCUCAAUAUCGAAUAUUUUUAAUUUCUAAGCACAUAGAAAACCUAAACGAAAGACAAAUUUGGCGAAUCAGAAAGAACGGAUCCUCUUAUUUUUAUACCUAAGAAUUACUGCAGAUUGCGACCCAGGAGGUCUAAACCAAAGCCUUUCGGGGGUAGAUUUUUUCAUUGUAAAUAUAUAAAAGAUUUUUCCAAUA